GCCAUCCAUCGAUUCGUCGUUCCGGGUCAUUCCCGAGGGAAUCCAUCUACAAAUGGUAGGGUAUUUGAGUCGAUCGAGCUAGGAGGAUACCCAACAUCGAUCCAUAGAACGAACCUAGGACGAUUCAACCCAAGAGAGCUCCCCACCUUGUAAAUAGCUAGGUUAGUGGUUAUUCUAGGUUAGUUAGUUUAAUUCUAUCAAUCACUAUCCUAGGUUGGCUAGAUAACGAACCCUAAACCUGAAGUAUGGUAAGCCUAGAUCCCCGUGGUACGAUAAAUUCUUAUUGCUUGCUUGCCCUAUGCUACACCCGUUCGACGGUUAUACUUGGCCGUCGAUCAUGAUGUUGUAGUUAGAACGAGUCACCAUUCACGAAAUCUUUCUUUCUUCUCUUUGAGACAGGAGACGAAGAGAGACCGCCGCUUGGAGCUCUGCAUUGUGCUCACCCUUUCUUCCUUUCUUCGCUUCGAGACCAAAGAUGGAGAGAUCUCUUCCGCCGAAAUCCCUAAAAAAACCCUAAUCGGAGGAGAAUCAAGUAUAACAAACAUAAAUCAGAAUCGGACGGUGACAUGCAGAUCUCGAAGAGAGCAUAAAUCAAGAACAACAGACAACAUAAAACAGAUUUACACUAAAAAUGAGAGAGAAGAGAGCAGAAAUCGUGAUUGGGAGACAGGUCGCCGCUGCAGAAGAAUGGCGGCGCGUCUCGUCUCUCUCCCUCCUCGUAGAGGUCGAAGUAAUAAAUGAGAGGAGAGAAGAUAGGGAGGAGCGGAAGGGAGAGUGGGGAGAAGAGAAGGGCGUGGCAGAUCUUGAAGGAGAUGGGAAGUCGAAGGUGCUUCUGGGCGGCGGUGGAGAGGGGAGAAGGAGGAGGUGGGAGGCGGAUUGAUGGAGAAGUUUAGGGAAAGUUGCAGAUUUGAGGAAGAUAGAGGGAGAUGGAGCAGAUUUUUUCGUAGAGAGAGAGGAAGCUCUGAAGAGAAAUGAUGAAGAGAGUGUAAAAAAUAGAGGGAGGGAUUGGAAGUUCGGGUUAGGUUGGAAACCCGAACCGAACAGGAAUAUAACUUGGUUCGGACGAACCGAACCAAAUUAUAUUCCGGUUCGGGAUUGGUUUCAUGUGUGGAGUAAUCGGGAGAUACGGUAUGCUUAAUUUUGGUUUGGUUUUGAUCGAACCGAACUGUUGCCCACCCCUAAUGGAGAAUGAGGGGAGAAGAGGCAGAUGGAAGAAUGGUGGGGAGAGAAGAGAUGGAAUCUGGGGAAUGACAAGAGAGGUAGAGGGAACAAAGUGAGUUGGAUUGGGUUGGAUUGGAUAUUUGGAUUGGAGAGUCAUCUAAUUUUGUAGUUAUUUUUUUUAAUAUCUGAUAACACAUUAACGGUUUGGAGGGAAAGGGAGCUCUUUCAGUUUUUUGGAUUGAAACCCUUAUGAUCACGACUGAACAGUCCGAAUCCGAUUAAACGAUUUACAAUCUAGUCCAAUUUCUUAUUUCCAUUUUUUUUCUAAACAUCGAGUUGGAAUGAACCGUUUUCCACCCAUAAUUUCAAGAAUCGAAUUUGUGAAACAUCUUCAGUGCCCGGGUACAACAACAGCAAACACAUGGGAGUAUAGAAAAACCUAUCGAAGCAACGCGGCAACCGUCGAGAGAUGUUCCUGUGAAGUCUUCCCAAAUACCUCUUCUCUUCUCACCCAAGAAGUUUGGGCUUCGCUAUCUGUUGUUUUCAAUUUUUAGGCAUAAUCACCCUAGAGACGCCGCUCUAGAGCUUGGGCUUGGCACUUUCACUUUCAGAAUGAGUUUUUGAGACCCACUAAAUUGUUUUUAGGUAAAAUAUUAUUUAACUAUAAUCUCUGCAAUCACAUCCAAAGGUCAUUAAACACCGAAAUUGGUUGAGCACCUGAAUUGAAACGCUCAUCAGAGUGAUCAGAGGGCCCAUCCCAAUUGGCUAUGAGUGAAGUUAUCAGCUAAGUUUCAGAAUCUCGAGCGAUCCAACGGUUGAACGUUCGCCAUGUCAGCGAUCUGCGUGACCGUCCCCUUUUAUGUAAAAAAAGUUGUGUUUCUAAGGACGUGGAGGUGAAUUUGUUGGAAGAACCAUCCCCAGCUUUUGAUAUUCUCUCCCUCAACAAUGGCGAAGGCUAUAGGAAAGAUACGCCCUGUUUGCAUUUGCUCCACUAGCAAUCAGGAGAGUGUUCACCGCACGGGUGAUGACCCCAACGCCAGACUCCUUUGCUCCUGAUGGCACGGACCCUAGCCUUGCAUCCCUCAUGUUGAUAUUGCAUCUAACUAUGUGUAGGGAUGACAAUUAGGCGAGUUUGCUUAAAGCAUCCCCAUCCCCGUUUUCACAUACCCAAACUCAUAUCCGCCCUAUACCCAUGCGGGGGAAUGUUUUUCAAACCCAUCUCUAUACCCAUGGGUAAUACCAACAUGUUAAAAUUUACACAUAUACUCAUAUUACAUAGGGUUAAUAUUUUCGUAUGGCCUGAACUUUGACCAAAAUAAACAUCCUGGCCAAUCUUUUCGAUCUAUAACAUCCUGGCCCGAACUAUACACCAAAAUAAACAAUUUGGCCAAACCCGAUGUUUGACCGUUAACUUGGACGGUCAAACGCGUUGACUAACGGUCAAUGCGCCACGUCACUGCCAAGUCAGAAGAUCUGAUAAAUAUUUAAUUUUUUU